AUGCGAAAAGAAUCAGAUUCUGGAGAAUUUCGCAAUUCCAGACCUAUAUCCGAUUAUUCGGGAUCGGAAUUCGAUCAUCAGGUCAACGUGAAAAAAAGAGAAUUUAAACCGGCCAAACUUAUUCAGCAAAGGCCCCUGACGAGGUAUUUGCCCAUCAAAAGCGAAUCCCUCAAUUUGAGGCAACACAUAGAAUCCGCGGGUCAUCAAGUUGACCUUUGCCCUCACGUUUUCAUAGAUUCGACCUCUUGUAGAGGGAUACUCCAUAAAUUGGGUGGAAAAUUUCAUCAUUGGAAUAAAAGAUGGUUCGUUUUCGAUAGAACGAAACGAACUCUUACCUAUUACAUGGACAAAACGGAAAAGAAACAAAGGGGAGGCACGUACUUUCAAGCCAUCGAAGAAGUUUACGUGGAUCAUCUCAACUCUGUCAAAUCCCCGAAUCCCCACGUGACGUUCGUAAUAAAAACACACGAGAGAACGUAUUAUUUAAUGGCGCCAAAUCCGGAAGCCAUGAGAAUUUGGGUCGACGUCAUUUUUACCGGUGCGGAAGGUUAUCAAGAAUUCGAACACGGUUCUUAG